GUGAAUUUUCUGGUUUUGUGCGCAUUUAUGACAAGACGUCUCUUACAGCAGACCUCUCAAGUUUUCCCGAGGGCAAUCACAACGAUGAAGGUGGAUAUUCAUAAUCAUAUUUUACCAAAGGAGUGGCCUGAUUUGAAACAGAGGUAUGGAUAUGAUGGGUUUGUCCAGCUUCACCAUCACUGCAAGGGUGAAGCAAAGAUGAUGAAGGAUGGAAAGGUGUUCCGAGCGAUUCAAGAAAACUGCUGGGACGCUAAUGCACGAAUACGAGACAUGGAUCAACAUGGUGUGACAGUUCAAGCCCUUUCUACAGUUCCUGUGAUGUUCAGUUACUGGGCCAAACCUCAUGACACACUGGAUCUCUGUGUCAUUUUAAAUGACAAUUUGGCCCAGACAGUGCGUAGCCACCCCAAGAGGUUUGUGGGUCUGGGAACGCUGCCCAUGCAAGCUCCUGACUUGGCUGUCCUGGAGAUGAGGCGCUGUGUGAAGGAACUGGGCUUCCCUGGGGUGCAGAUUGGCUCACAUAUCAACAACUGGGACCUAAAUGCCUCUGAGCUCUAUCCCUUCUAUGCUGCAGCUGAGGAGCUGGGCUGCUCCAUAUUUGUCCACCCCUGGGACAUGCAGUCAGAUGGGAGGAUGGCUAAGUAUUGGCUGCCCUGGCUGGUGGGCAUGCCCACAGAGACAACCAUGGCGAUUUGCUCGAUGAUAUUUGGAGGUGUCUUCGAGAGGUUUCCUAAACUGAAGGUCUGCUUUGCUCAUGGAGGUGGCUCUUUCCCUUUCACCAUUGGCAGAAUUGAACAUGGUCACACAGUCCGCCCUGACUUGUGUGCAGUCGACAACAAGAUCAGUCCACGGAAAUAUCUCGGCUCUUUCUACACUGACUCCCUAGUUCAUGAUUCCACCUCCCUGAAGCUGCUCAUUGAUGUUAUUGGAAAAGAUAAAGUGAUGCUGGGAACAGAUUAUCCAUUUCCGCUGGGUGAGCUGCAGCCUGGAUCACUGAUUGAGUCAAUGGAUGAGUUUGAGGAAACACUAAAGGAUAAAUUGCUUGCUGGAAAUGCACUGGAGUUUUUGGGACUGAGACGAGAGCAAUUUGAGUAAAAUAAAAAUCUGAAAUACAUCUGCUACAUCAGGUGAUUCAGUGCAAUAUUUUUUUUUCAGCUAUGCAUAUCUUGAUGAUUCAAACAUCAUGCACCUUGUAUAGUAGAUAUGAUCAGUUUAAGUGUGGUUUGUUACAAUAAAGCAAU